AUGAGGAGAACUUAUAGUAGGAUUUAUUGUAUCAACUUAAGCUUUGUAAUAAUAUGUACAACCAUCCUAUUUAUAUAUGAUACCGUUUCAAAUGGAUUAGUAUCAAAGAAGAAUAUAGUAUCAGAAAAUAAGAUUCAAAAUAAUUAUGAAGUGAAGAGUAGAAUAUUAUCUUCUCAUGGAGGGGUACAGGGAAUAUGGAAUAGUAGAAGUGAUUUGUUAAGAUUCCGUAGAAGAUCUACUUAUACCCAUUUGGAUCGUUUGCAUGAUUGUUUUUUUAGAGGAUUUUUAGAUUCUUUGAUUUGGCUAACUGAAGAAAUAUAUAAAAAUGAAAAUUCUAAUGAAAACAAUGAUGAUGUUAUAUUUAACAAUGAUGUUGUUACAUCUAACCAUGAUGGUGUUACAUCUAACCAUGAUGGUAUUAUAUCUAACCAUGAUGGUGUUACUUCUAACAACGAGGAUGUAAAUACUACGAAUGAGCAAGUUAAUACUAAUGUUGAAAUGAUAGAAAAAAUUAUAAGAAAACAAAUGUACCUUGAAGGUAUAACCUUAUCGAAUAGAACCGUAUCAAAUGAAGUUCGUAGAACUAAAGAAAGACAUGAUGAAAUAACUUCUCAGGGUACUACUGCUGAAGUAAUGGAGCGCAUGAUGAAACUCUAUGAAAUAGAAAACAAAUUAUCUAAGGAUAUAAUAAAAAAA